UAAAAAACUUUAUUUUGUGAUGGCAAAGCUGAAUUUUCAGCAGUCUUUUCAGUGGUCUUCAGUGUCACGAUCCUUCAGAAAUCAUUCUACAGUGCAGAUUUACUGCUCAAGAAAUAUUUCUUAUCAUCAGUUCUGAAAACCGUUGUGAUACUUUUUGUGGAAAUUGUAAUACUUUUUCCCCCCAGGAUGCUUUGAUAAAUAGAAAUGUUAAAAGAACAGAAUUUAUUUUACAUAGAAAUCUGUUGUGACAUUAUAAAUGUCUUUACUCUCACUUUUUGAUCAAUUUAAUGCUUCCUUGCUUACCCCCCCCCCCCCCCCCCCAUUGUAAAUAGUAAGUUGUAUUGUACUGCACUUUUUUUUUUGCUUCAUUUACAAAUUUUUGUUUUUGUUGACAAGAGUUUAAUUAAUAUUUCUCUAAAUUCAUCCUUUCCAACCCUCGGAGAAUCACAAAUUGUGUUGACCAAUGAAUUGCAAACAACUCAGAAACAUCUAAAUAUUUCUCAUCCUUUUUUUUCUUUUUUUCACUUUACUCAUCCACCAUCCUUUUCUAGCCUCUGCUCUUCCAUUGUAGCCUCCAUCGACAUUAAUAGCACAAGGUACUUUGGAAGAAGAGGAACCAAAGUCACACUGUCAUGUGUAUACUGUGUAUAGACCUUUAUAAAUGUUACCACUUCCUCCUAAACAGCCAAGUCAAUGUUGUUUUUCUCCCUCAGUCUUGCUGCUGACUGCUACACUUUCACUAUCCUAAAGAACUUAUGUCCUCAGUUAUGUUGCCAUAAUUCAGUUAUAUCCAUUUUUUUUUAUCAUUAUUGUGUUUGUGAUAAUAUUUCUAUGAUGUGAACCUUUUCAGUAAUUGUUAUUAAAUACUGACACCUGCUGUUCAUACUGUGAAAUGACACACAGAUGGAGAACAAAUGCUGAUAUAUUGCUGGCGCCCUCUACUGGGAGCUUCGGGAACGGCGGCCAAUGUCCCGAUGAAGGGUUAUGUCAUACUUUCUAUGACAUUGUCCUUCACCCAGAGCUGUGAAAAUUAAGAUUUUAUAUAUUACAUCGAUGUUUAUAGCUAAAAUACGCGCACUGCAUUCAAUAAGUUAUAUUAAGCAUUGCAUUUUAAUGUAGUAAUGGAUGGAAGAAAUAAAACCUAAAUGCAUUUUCUGCCAUGAAUGUGCUGACAUACUGAUUUGACGUCAUGCUGACGUCACAUUUAGGGAGGCACCGACAUAACAGUUAAUGGGCCAUGAGUGUUCUUGUGAGAGUGUAUGUGUGUGUGUGUGCGCGCGCGCGCGCAUGCUGAUUUCCUGGCACCGUGCACAGAAGCCAAACUCACAGCAUCAUCAACAGGAUUAACUGUUAACUGUGAUCUGUAAAUGUGUUUGCAUGUGUGUGUGUGUGUGUGUGUAUGUGUGUGUGUGUUAAUCUGUUCUAUGCCAACAUGGCUACUUAACACUCUUGUAGCUGCUCUGUAGGCAUCUAAACGGACUCUUUAGCCUGGCACCAUGUGGUAAACCAUAAUACCAGAUGGACCGCUCUUUCUCUUUCUCUCUCUCUCCACUAGUUCUGGAAACGGCCCAGGCUAGAAUAACAUUCAGUCUAUUUCCUUGCCAUAUUUUGAUGUCCUGUGGUACGGGAUAGGAAUGUAAAUGCAUAUGGGUCAAUGAUGUGAUGGCCAUUUCUGCUACAUUAAAAAAAAAAAAAAAAAAAAUCUCGGACGUCCUUAUCUGUUACUCAUACCCAUUCUGAUUUCUCUUUCUGUGCCUUUCCGAUCACUGAUGAGCCGCUCAGACUUUUGUUCUCUGUAUAUAUUAUCGGGUAACCCGGUUUCCCUGGCGCACACUCUGACUUUUGCUAUUCGAGUGAUACUGGGCUGCGAGUGACGUAAGCGAACGGGCGCGCAGAAUUUUUCCAGACGCAGACAGAGGAGCGAGCUCGCGUAGACCCAAAACGGUCCAACCCAGAAAGAGAGAGACGCAUACAAGCACGCAUACCAAGUAGUCGUUUGCAAGGCACUCGGCUGCUUGUAGCGCUCAGUAACGGACCCAGUGGAGCUGCUCAGCGUUUAUCGGUAGUGCCACCGAACAGUCCCCGCGCUCACGGAACCGCUGACCCAUGUGAUACUGCAGCGUUGCGAGCGCGGAAGGGAGGGAGGGGGGCGAAAGACACAUUUUCCCCUCUGCAUCUCCACUCGGUAUACUGGAGAAGCAGGUGCUCACUUUCGAGAGAGAGAGAGAGAGAGAGAGAGAGAGCGCUGGAGGGGGGGCGGGUUAGAGACACGAGUGUGGAUCUCUCACCGUCGCAGUCCUCCGCGAGGAUGUAUCCAACAGCGAGGCUCCGUCAAUGCAACGGAAUCACAUGUACCCCUGUGAUCUAACGGCGGUUCCGUUCUGUUUCUUUGGGUUCGGAUGGUCCGCGCGUUCCAUACGCAAUUCAACCGAGAAAUCAACGCACACCAGCCAUGGCGCUGGUUAUGGAGCCCAUCAGCAAAUGGUCCCCAAAGCAGGUGCUGGACUGGAUGAAAGGGUUAGACGACUGUUUGCUGCAGUAUAUGAGGACGUUUGAGAGAGAGCAGAUAACCGGAGAGCAGCUGCUUCACAUCACCCAUCAGGAGCUGGAAGAGCUUGGCGUGACCCGCAUCGGACACCAGGAGCUCAUUCUGGAGGCUGUGGACUUACUCUGCGCACUGAACUAUGGUCUAGAGACCGAGAAUUUGCGGACUUUGUCACACAAACUCAAUGCAUCCGCUAAGAAUCUACAGAACUUUAUCACGGGCCGCCGUCGCGGGGGCCAUUAUGACGGACGGGUGUCGCGACGCCUUCCCAACGACUUCCUGACUUCAGUUGUUGACCUCAUCGGAGCAGCUAAAAAUCUACUAGCCUGGCUGGACAGGUCUCCAUUUGUCAGUGUUUCUGAGUACUCAGUGCUGAAGAACAACAUUGUUCAGCUCUGUCUAGAGCUAACCACCAUAGUACAGCAGGAUUGCACAGUGUAUGAAACUGAGAAUAAGAUUCUACAUGUGUGCAAGACUCUAUCAGGUAUCUGUGAGCACAUUAUUUCAUUGUCGUCCGAUUCGUUGGUGUCACAGUCUGCCCACUUAGAGGUUGUCCAUCUGACGAACGUAAUGCCUAGCGAGGGCCUGGGCAUGUACAUCAAGUCAACAUAUGACGGUCUUCAUGUGAUCACUGGGACCACAGAGAAUUCUCCUGCAGAUCAUUGUAAGAAGAUCCACGCCGGUGACGAGGUCAUUCAGGUCAAUCACCAAACUGUGGUGGGCUGGCAGUUGAAGAAUUUGGUCAACUGUCUCCGUGAGGAUCCGGGUGGAGUCAUCCUCACACUGAAGAAGAGGCCACAGAACACUCUGGGCUCCACCCCUGCACUGCUGAAGAACGCCCGCUGGAAACCACUCGCCCUGCAGCCACUGUCCACCAGUCCUUGCAGUGGUUCUCCCACUCCACCCAGCACGCUUGGGUCAGUGGGCCUGUCACCUGGAGUGGACACACCUGGGGGACAUGAUGUUUUUAUUCUUUCCCCUGUCUACGGACACAGAGAGGAUGAUCUGGAUCGGGGUGGGUUUGGUGUGUUUGGCUCGGAUUCCCCGGGGUAUUAUGUAGAACAGGAAGUACUGGGGGGUCAGUACUUCCCCCUCCUGGAAGAGGAUUCUGGGAGAAAUACCGGACUGCGACGCAGAGACCGGACUCCAACUCACAGUGAUAUCCGGCAGGUUUCAAUGGGAACUGAAUGGCUGGCAGAGCCUCAAGAAUCUGGAGUUUACAAAAGAGGAAGCAGAGAUUCGGAUUCCUCCCUCUUGCGGUUCCUCAGUGAUGAUAGGAUUUUGUUGAUCCAGGAAGAGGCAGAGUUUUCCCAGCGUGACACAAGCAGGCGAUCCAGGAAGAAGAGCCGAAAUCCCAGCAGUCCCAGUUUUCCCAUUAGUCCCUCUAUGCUUGCCCCUCCCGUGCGUCUGGACACAGGUCCCCCUGAGGGGCUGCCCUUCCCCGUGCCCGACUCUAAUACGAUGCCACACUACCAUAGAGCUGCAGACACACUUCGAGCAGAUGCUGAUAGAUAUGCCAGUUCAGGACUGGACCGACAAGCAGGUGCAUCAAUGAGGAAGUCUGUACAUUAUGCCUCUCUGAGGAUCAAGUCCAGGAAAAAAAGCAAAGGUUCCCUCAGUAGUGCCAGCAGGAGGCGUAUUGCCUGCAAAGAUCUGGGUCAUGGUGACUGUGAAGGCUGGCUAUGGAAAAAGAAGGAUGCCACCGGCUACUUCACACAGAAAUGGAAGAAGUACUGGUUCGUUCUCAAAGACUCCAACCUGUACUGGUACACCAAUCAGAACGAUGAGAAAGCAGAGGGCUUCAUCUGUCUGCCAGAGUUUCGGAUAGACAGAGCAAUUGAGUGCAGGAGGAAACAUGCCUUCAAAGCAUGUCAUCCCAAAAUUAAGAGUUUCUUUUUUGCUACAGAUCAUUUAGAGGAGAUGAACCGGUGGAUGAACCGUUUAGGCUUGGCUGCGAUUGGCUACACGCCUGAUGAUCCGGUACCGCGUCCUGAUGAAGAUUACUGGAGUGAGAGUGACCAGGAUGAGGCUGAUGGCUCUAUGACACUCAAACAGGAAGCCACUUACCACCACAACCCCUCUGCAACUUCGUCCAGUCCAUUUCCUGAACGCCAUUUUUCCAGUGGCUCCACAUUCUCGCAUUCCUCCGCCGAAGAGUCCCAUUCUUCCUGCCGAUCCUCCCAUCGAGAACGCCGCUCAUGGCAGGACCUGAUUGAAACUCCUUUGACCAGCACAGGCCUACACUACCUUCAGACCACAGAAGCGGAGGAGCCAGCCCUGCUGACACCUGACAAGCACCGACAGGCCACGCUCCCCGCCCAGCGCCGGCGUCCUCUGGAACGUGACGGGCCGUUUCCGUUGACGGACAGUGAAGAGUCCCGGCCUCGCCAUCACAAUCACAAGCAGCGUAGUCAGAGCCUCCCUCGCCAUCGCGACACACACGGACACUCGCACCGCAGCGCCCGUACACACGCUCACGCGCACACACACGGCACUCUGAGGCCAAGAACUCAUCUCCAUGAGGAAGAGGAGGAGGAAGAGGAGGAGGAAAAGCAGGUUCGCAAAUCUAGCAGCAGGAGGCCUGAGAGCGAAGAGAAAGUGUCCGAUGGCACGGAUGGCCUGCAGGAGCUGUACCGAUCGUUAGAGCAGGCCAGUCUCUCGGCUUUUGGCCAGCAGAGGCCUUCCACCAAACAAGAGUUCAGACGCUCCUUCGUCAAACGCAGCAAUGACCCUGCCACAAAUGAACGACUGCACCGUAUACGGGUUCUCCGCUCCACGCUAAAGGCAAAGGAGGGCGACUUGGCGAUAAUCAGUCAGUUGCUGGACGACCCUUGUUUGACCUCGAGGAAGUUUCGUGAAUGGAAGCAACGUAACCAUGAGCUCUUCCUGGAUGUCUGUGAGUUCAGUUCUGCCCCACUGGAACCGCCCAGCGAGUCCAACGACCUUUCACCUCUCUCGCCAACGCUGAUGAUGCACACUCACUCUUUCAUAGAAACACACGUGUGAAACACAGUCACGCACCCACAUGACUAACAAACAGUCACAUGCUAAAAUACAGACAUAAAGGUAUAUGAAUAAAGUGAGUCGUGCAUUUCAAACCCACACACACACUUUGAAAAACACUGUGGAUCCAGACUGUCUUCACUUUUUCCUUGACGGAUGACCUGAUACUGCCCUCCUCCUGACCGCGAGU